GGAUGCAGCAUUGUCUUAAUCCUUUAUAACCUCAAAAAUCUUUUGAGGCCAUUCAAGCCUUUCCUAGCGUGCAAAAGUGGAGAAACUAAAGGAGGAGGAGGAGAAACUAAGGGCAGAAAUUGAAAUGGAAUUGUUCUUUUCACUUAAGGCUCGCAGCAAAGACGCCGACCCCGUGUCCCACAGGCCCCCGUGCUGCCAGGCAGGAUCCAUGUGUGGGGACUCGGGGCAGGAUGGAGAGCCUGGGGCUGCCAGCAGUGACCCUUGGGGAUGGCACCACGGCCUACCUGCAGCAGGCUGCCAGAGGUGAAAAGCUGAUUGAAGGGCAAGUCAUUGAACUUGAAGAUGGGACCACAGCUUAUAUCCAUCAGGUGACAGUUCAGAAAGAGGCUGUGGCUUUUGAAGAUGGGCAGCCAGUGGUGCUGGAGGAUGGCAGCAUGGCCUUCAUCCACAGCACAGCCAAAGAGAGUUAUGAGCCCGGCACAUUCCAGGCUCUCCAGCUGGAGGAUGGCUCCACUGCCUACAUCCACCAUCCUGUCAUCGUGGCACCUGGCAGCACCAUCCUGCAAGUGCAGACAAAAACUGAGCUCCAGGAGGUGGCUGGGAAGGAGGAGGAAGAUGAUGGCCUUGAUGUGGACACCAUUAAUGCACUGCAGCAGUAUGGCAGGAAGGGCUCUGAUGAUGAGGAGGAGGGAGUGACAGACACCUGCCAUGUGAAGAGUAAAGACUCCAACAACAUCUCUUCCCAGCAGGCUCUGCAGGAGGAGGUGCAAAGCCACAGGAAGGGGCAGCAGGUCGGCAGCAGAGCUUUCCGCUGCGGGUACAAAGGCUGUGGCCGCCUCUACACCACUGCCCACCACCUCAAGGUACAUGAACGUGCUCACACGGGUGACCGGCCAUACACGUGUGACUUCCCAAGCUGUGGGAAAGCAUUUGCUACAGGGUACGGUCUGAAGAGCCACGUGAGAACACACACAGGUGAGAAACCCUACAAGUGUCCAGAAGAUUUGUGCAGCAAAGCCUUCAAAACCUCCGGGGACCUGCAGAAACACAUCCGCACACACACAGGUGAGCGUCCCUUCAAGUGCCCCUUCGUGGGCUGUGGCCGCUCCUUCACCACGUCCAACAUCCGCAAAGUUCACAUGCGGACGCACACGGGCGAGCGGCCCUACACGUGUGCAGAGCCUGGCUGUGGCAGGGGCUUCACCAGCGCCACCAACUACAAGAACCACAUGAGGAUCCACACAGGAGAGAAGCCAUACCUGUGCACCGUGCCUGGCUGUGGGAAGCGCUUCACGGAGUACUCCAGCCUGUACAAGCACCACGUGGUGCACACGCACUGCAAGCCCUACACGUGCAGCAGCUGUGGCAAGACCUACCGACAGACCUCCACGCUGGCCAUGCACAAACGCAGCAGCCACGGCGAGCUGGAGGCCACCGAGGAGAGCGAGCAGGCCCUGCACGAGCAGCGGCAGCUGGAGGCUGCUGCAGCUGCUGGCAGAGGCUCUCCACUGAAGAGUCAGCAUAUUGCUUUCCUGUCAGAGGUGGAGGAAGAUGAAGAAGAAGAUGCUGUGCCUACACAAAUCUCACUUAUCUCUCAGGAUGGGACAGAGCAGGUCAGUCUGUCUCAGGAGGAGCUGCAGGCCCUGGGCAGUGCCAUCGGCGUGGUGGCACAGAGCGGGGCCCUCGCUGUGCCCGAGGGAGGUGACACUGGGACCAUGGCUGUGGCCAACGCUGAUGGCACCGAGGCACAGGAGGUGACCAUAGUCGCUUCUGGGGCAGUGGUGUCAGAGGAGUCGGACAUUGCCCCGCUCUGUCAUCAGCAGGUGGCAUUGCUGGCCACCUGCCAUGGCACCCACAUUGCUGUGCAGCUGGAAGAGCAGCAGAGCCUGGAGGAAGCCCUCAGCAUGGCCACAGCAGUCAUCCACUACGAGCCAGUGCCCCCUGACACAGCCCUGCCUGGGAAGGGGAGCUGA